UCACGCACGCAGCCGCGCGCACGCGCACGCACGCAGGGGGCCGGCGGCGAGCCGUGGCGCGCGGGGCCUGCCCGCCGCCCGGCGUGAGAAAACAGACUUUCAGCCACGUCAAAUGGUCCCUGUCACAGUGACUGUUCACAGCCCUUUUGCUUUCCAGCUCAGCACAUACUGAGAGGAUCUCAUCUGUCAGGACUGUAUGAAAGACUCCUUUCCUUCAAGUGGAAAACACCCUUCAAGUGGAAAGUCGAACAUACUGGUUGGGCCAAAGCUUACGCUACAGGCUUUUAUAUCAGGACUUUUAUAGCUUUCAUAGCUCAGAGGAGCAAGAAUACCACCGAGGAAGAGGAAUGGAGCGCCUGGCCUCCUUCAGCAAUGACCCUUUUGAUAAGCCUCCGUGCCGAGGCUGCUCUUCUUACCUCACAGAGCCCUAUGUCAAGUGUGCUGAGUGUGGGCCUCCUCCCUUCCUCCUGUGUUUGCAGUGUUUCACGCGAGGAUUUGAAUAUAAGAAACAUCAGAGUGAUCAUACUUACGAAAUAAUGACUUCAGAUUUCCCUGUCUUGGAUCCUAACUGGACAGCUCAAGAGGAAAUGGCACUCCUAGAAGCUGUGAUGGACUGUGGAUUUGGAAACUGGCAGGAUGUAGCCAAUCAAAUGUGCACAAAAUCCAAGGAGGAGUGUGAGAAGCAUUACAUGAAACACUUUAUCAACAAUCCCUUGUUUGCAUCUACAUUACUGAACCUGAAGCAGGCAGAAGAGGCGCAGCACAGUGAAACAGCCAUUCCAUUCCACCCUGCUGAUGACCCUCCACGCCCUACUUUCGAUUCCUUGCUUUCCAGGGAUAUGGCUGGGUAUAUGCCAGCAAGAGCUGACUUCGUUGAGGAGUUUGACAACUAUGCCGAAUGGGAUUUGAGAGAUAUUGAUUUUGUAGAAGAUGAUUCUGACAUUCUGCAUGCUCUGAAGAUUGCAGUUGUAGAUAUCUAUCAUUCCAGGUUAAAGGAAAGACAGAGGAGAAAAAAAAUUAUAAGAGAUCAUGGCCUAAUCAACCUCAGAAAAUUUCAGAUUCUGGAAAGACGAUACCCAAAGGAGGUUCAAGACCUUUAUGAGACAAUGCGACGAUUUGCACGAAUUCUUGGACCAGUGGAGCACGAUAAAUUCAUCGAAAGCCAUGCAUUGGAGUUUGAGCUGCGAAGGGAAAUAAAACGACUACAGGAGUACAGAGCAGCAGGAAUCACCAAUUUCUGUAGUGCAAGAACAUACGAUCACCUCAAGAAGACAAGAGAUGAGGAACGCCUAAAGCGCACAAUGCUUUCGGAAGUGCUGCAGUACAUCCAGGACAGCAGUGCCUGCCAGCAGUGGCUCAGUCGACAAGCUGACAUUGAUUCCGGCCUGAGUCCCACAGUACCAGUUGCUUCAAAUUCAGGUAGACGGAGUGCCCCACCACUGAACCUCACAGGUCUCCCGGGGACAGAGAAGCUUAAUGAGAAGGAGAAAGAGCUCUGUCAGAUGGUGAGAUUGGUCCCUGGAGCCUAUUUAGAAUAUAAAGCUGCUUUAGUGAACGAGUGUAACAAACAGGGAGGCCUGAGACUAGCCCAGGCUAGAGCACUCAUUAAGAUCGAUGUGAACAAAACCAGGAAAAUCUACGACUUCCUUAUCAGAGAAGGGUACAUCACGAAAGCCUGAGGACAGACAUAAGCGCCUUGGAUGGAGCAGACAGAUGUGGAGAAGCUUUGAAGUCACUUUGACAGCGCUGAAAGAUGUUACCAGUGUUGAAUCAAGGACACUUCCUUUUGUUUAAAACCUUUUGGGGCUUUUUUGUAAAAACAAGUAGGGAGCUUUGUUAAAUUGUAUGAAUACUGACAUUUCUUUGUCUGGUUUUCUUUCGACUGUGCUGUUUAACACUGCUGUUGUCAGAAUUAUGCUGCCAUGUAGCAUAAGAAAGAAUUGUGUGCCAUAUAAGCUAAUCUUAAAUGUGAAUGGGCAUUCAUUUCUAACACCUCCUGUAACUAAAAGGAGAAUCAUGGUACUUUUAUUCUGACAGCGACAUAGAAUAAGGACAGCAGAGCAGCACGUAAUGAGAGUCACAUUUUGACUUUGUGUGAGCGAAGGGGUAUAGGAAUGCAGUCCCCUCCCUUCUUGUACUCGUGUCUAAAACAGAGUCAGCUUUCAAAGGAGAUAGCGCAUGCCUGAGGGUAUAAAAAUAGAACUUGCAAUGGUCCAGUCUUUUUAACUUAAUUGUGAUAAAGGAUGGGAAAGGACAUUGCAGGGAAGCUCUUCAACAGGUGUUACUUUUAUGUGAUAUUAGCGCAUAUCACAGCAUGAGUGUACUGUACAAACCAAUAAGCUUCAUCUGCUCACUACUCGAUUUGUGAUUGUCAAGUUACAUAUAAUUCCUCUUCCUAUUUGGUUGCUCCGGCUCACUGGCAAGACUGGAUGUUAAAACCAGAGCAGCCUUUCAGAACCUAAAUAAAACACCACUCAGUGCCAUUCUCGCACAAAAGACAGCAGCAGAGGCAGCCACGAACCACCGAGGUUGUGUCCUUUCAGCCCGUCCUGCCCCUCUGCGCGUGGGGCCUCCUCCUUUCACUUCGCCGCAUUAGUGGCGCAUACCCAGUUGACCAAAAAGGCAACGAGAAGAUGCAGCGAGGUACUACACACCUGGUCACGUUAGAUAAUCCAUUAUAAGACUUCCACACAAAACAUUUGUAUUUGGAAAUAAAAAUUAGAUGAAGACGACUGUUCUUUCCAGAGGCAGCUCUGCACCGUUUCCUAGACGGUAAAGCGUGAUUAUCAGACAGCCUCCGUUGCAAAGUGCAACGCGCUCUGUUAGUGUGGUCUGCAGAAAUAACGUUGUGCAAGUUGCCUAACAACCAAAGCAAGCAGGAUGAUGUUGUUCUCAAGUUUGGGGUUUCACCUUGAAAAGCCUAACUGAGCUAUAAUUAUACCUAUUUAAGAUGUUUGGAUUUGGGUUUUUUGGGUUUUCCCCCCAAGAGUAAUUAUCCUGUGUACCUGAGGUGCCAUUGAAUGUGAAAUAUUUUGGUUUGUAAUAAAAUCAAAAUGAUUUGAAA